CUACAAAGAAAAAAAAAAAAGACAAAAACAAUAAAAAAACGCGGGAGAACAAUUUCAUCAUUUUCCCCUUUUCUUUCCAUGGCAAGUUUUAUUUCCGUUCCCUCCGUCGUCCCAAACUUCCAUUGCAGCCGCCGCGAUCCAAUUCUCCGUCAAAAACACGGCCGGAAAAUCCGCAAACUCCGGUGCUGCUCAAAGAGACCAAUCAACCACUCAUCACCCAACGACAAAAAAUCCGAACCUGAAAAGAUGGUCCUGAAAAUCGCUUGGUACGGAUCUGAACUUCUCGGAGUAGCUGCUUCACUCCUCCGUUCUCCGGCGAAGUCUGAGGACACCGGAGCCGCCGUUGAGCUCGCUGUAGACGGAUUAGGGAAAGUCGAUCGAGCCGCCGUCGUGGAGACCAUCAAGGAGGAUUUCAGAAGAUCAUAUUUCGUUACAGGAAACCUUGCGCUUGAUGCUUAUGAAGAGGACUGUGAAUUUGCUGACCCGGCAGGCUCAUUCCGUGGUCUAAGUCGUUUCAAAAGGAACUGCACGAAUUUUGGGUAUCUAAUCGAAAGGUCGGAUAUGAAGCUCAUGAAAUGGGAGGAUUUUAAGGAUAAAGGAAUCGGGCACUGGCGUUUCAGCUGUGUCAUGGCUUUCCCGUGGAAGCCUAUACUAUCAGAAUGCGAGCCUCAGGGGAGUGUUUGCAAUGCUUUCAAGGGAUACUCUACUGGCUAUACAGAGUAUUACUUUGAUGAAAAAUCUGGGAGAGUAUGCAGGCACGCUGAACACUGGAAUGUUCCAAAAAUGGCUCUUUUGAAGCAGUUAUUGAGGCCUAGCAGGGGACCUAGGAAAUAAAGCCCCAAGUAGAAACAUGAUAUGUUUGAACUUGAUGAGGACAAAGCAAUUCAUGACCUUCCCAUAAUACUAGGUAAGAACUGUCCGUAUACAUUAUCUGUAUAUAUGUUGCUCGUUUGGGUUUAAUUUCCUGCUAAAAACUGUUGUAAUAUGAGUGUUAAAUAAUGAAGUCAACCAUCUCCUCUUAACUACUAAUCUCUUGGGACUAUUGUUAAUAGUUGAGUGUAAACAAAUUGAAUGAGACAAAUUGAAUGGGAACCAAUAUCUCAUCUUUUCUUGAAUUGCGUGAAGAGAUUUAUCAUCAAAUUUGUCCUUUUCCCAAAUGAUUGUCCAAUUAAAUUAUAAUAACAAUUUUGAGUAUUGGAUACUGUGCCAAUUUGAUGGCAAUUUGUCUAUUCCUCUCCCAAUGGCUUCUUUACUUUAUCGGAAUAAUUAUUUUGCUCCCUUAUCUUUCAG